AUGGUGCUCACUGUACAUUAUUGGCGCUUUCCUGGUGGCGGGCAAUUGACUGAAAAACGACAGUCUAUGAUGUGGCUAUUACCUGACAAUCGAAUGCAGCCAACUCUUAUACUCCCUUUGAUUGCUGCCGUCCUUACUAGAGAAGCCGCAGCUCAAUAUUAUCCAUAUUAUCCAUAUAUGAGAGGUUAUCCAGGAUAUGGCAUGUACAGGCCAAUGUACGGUGGUUAUGGAUAUGGUGGAUAUCCAGGAUAUGGAAUGGGUGGCAUGAUGGGCGGUGCUGGAGGUCCUCUGGGAUCAGCAAUGCGAGGCGCUAUUAGAGGAGCAAUGAUGGGUGCAAUGAUGGGAAAAUAG